CCUGCAGGUACCACCUCCAGCCUAGGUCUCCGCAGUGUCUCAGACGCCGGCAACUCAACCCGCCCGCCCCUCUCCAGCCAUGGAACCUCACAGCAAGUGUGGCUGCGACUUCUGCACUAACUUCGGCAACUCCGGAGGACCAGUGAAGGAGGAAACAUUUCAAGAUUCACAGCCUAGCUUAAGUUCAACAAUUUUGGCGGGCGCAGACUACGGGGGAAAUAGAGAAUUCGAUACAAGUUCCUACUCCAGUUUUGGAGCUGGCCAGAAGGAGGAAGACUUCUGCCGCGACCUGGACUCUCAGAACAUCUUUGCCUCGACGUUUCUGGAAGAAACAAACUACCAGGAAAACGAGGGACUCAAACCCGCUAGUGAAGAACCAACCCUCCCUUUUGAAGAAACACCGCCAGCCUGGGAGGGGUUCGAAGCCCUUGAGUUUCAAGGCGGCUUCCUGGAGGCCAACUCUCAGCCGGAGGAGAAGGCUGCCGCCCCCGAGCCGCAGCCCCAGCUGCAACCCUUGCCGCUGACCCCGCUGAAGACCCCGAUGCAACGCCGUCGCUACCGCAUCUCCUUCACUCAGCUUCAACUGCGGGAGCUGGAGGCCUCCUUCCAGCGUGUCCAGUACCCCGACGUGUUUGCUCGAAUGGAACUUGCCCAACGCCUGGGUUUGCCUGAGUCCAGAGUGCAGAUUUGGUUCCAGAACAGAAGGACCAAGUGGAGACAACUUCAGCGGGCACAUUUAUGCAGGAGCAUGUUUCCGGUUGCCAUGAGUCCCCCUGUGGGUCUAUACAUUGAUGAUCAUUAUGGUCCUAUCCCUAUUGUGGAGGUUAUUUGGAAGUAUCAACCUGUGGCGCCCCAGCCAAUCCAUCCUCAAAUGCUGCCUCUCCCACCCCUGGUUCCUCCACCAUUCAUGCCACCUAGGGCACCUAGGGCACCUAGGGCACCCCAUCCACCUCCAUUUCCCUGGCCAAAUGUGCCACCUAAUGCUCAAAUGCCCAAUGCAGGUAUGGGAUAUGGGCCCAACCCCAAUGGCCAGUUCUAAGGUCCUGAAAACUGAAGUCUACAUCAGUUUUCCUGAAGUGUUUCCAAUAAGAUUCAUUCUGUUUAUAGACAUUGUUAAAAGUUACUUAUCAAAUACCUGUUAAAUGAAAUUGUGUGCAAA